AUGCCGCGACGGACGCAAAGGCAAGUGCAAGUACAGAAUCUAAUUAUGUUUGCAUUGCAGGUAAAGAAAAAACGAGCACAAAUCUGCUUGCGUCGCCAACGGAGGCUCGAAAGCCUUACAGAACGUGAAUUCAAUAGCUUGGAUGCUGUUCUCGAGGACGGAGACUCAGUACUAGUGUCAACAUCCUGUUCAGACCUUGACUCGGAUACUAGUAUGUCCGACACAAGUUCCCCCAGCAGCAGCACCAUUUCCUCGUCUUCUGGCUCAGACUCCAAUGAAUUUUCAGAUGACUCGUCUGUAUACUCAGAUCCAUCCAGCUUGAGUACUGUGUCAGGGCUUGACUCGAGCACUUACUCGGACACAGACUCUGAAUCUGCAGUAUCUGAGUCUCAGUCUACCUCAGGCACUGAUGCUGAUGACGAGCUCGACGAUGACAACAUUGCUGCCAGUGCACCCACUGCGGAGGCACAACUCAGCCAGCUUGUCCGCGAAUUCAUUCGGGAUUCUUAUUCACACCGCUACCAGAUGGCUCACAAUCAGCUUCCUCGUGGCCCGUCUCAGAUGCGCCAUGUGCUAGACGUGCUGAAGCCACAACGUCCUGACAAGUUUCGCGAGAGUCUUCGAGUCUCCCCAUACACCUUUGACAAAAUCUGCACCGAACUCGCAUCUGAUCCAGUGUUCACCAACAAGUCCCAGAAUGAACAAAUUCCCCUCACUGACCAGCUCGCGGUCACACUAUAUCGAUUCGGACACAAUGGUAACGGGGCUAGCAUGCAGGCAGUUGCGGAUUGGGCUGGGCUUGGCAAAGGAACUGUCCACCUCAUCACCCGCAGAGUCAUGACAGCUGUCCUUCGCCCAUCUUUCCGCAAGUCUGCUGUUCGAUUCCCUACUGCAGACGAAAAAGAACUUGCAAAGUCCUGGGUUGAAGCUCACUCCUGUCGUGCAUGGAGGAACGGGUGGUGCCUUGUUGAUGGCACCCUCAUUCCUCUUUACGAUCGUCCUCAUUGGUAUGGAGAAAGCUACUUUGACCGAAAAUCAAAUUAUUCAUUGAAUGUUCAAGUAUUUUAA